AUGGCCCCCAGGCAUCCGUCCACCAUGUCGCUUAGCAAUCAGCCGAAAAGUCUUGGUGGAAUUCGACUAGCUCCUUCACGACAGCCCUCUAAGACUCCGGCUCUGCUGAAUCAAGCAGCUGUUCCCAUUCGAGCUCUCGGCAUCCACCGCAGGCCCAAGAGGCGAGUCCAGAGUGCAUUGCCUUGUAACAUGAUGAACGACAACCCAUCCUCUGCCCUGCCACAUACACACACGCGUCGCAUCAACGCCGCCCUCCCCCUUUUGAUUCCCUAA